UUUACAGCCACUCCGUCGCUCACGCGGCGUAGUCCACCUCUAGAAAUCAUAAGAAAUUGAAAUUUUAGCGUCUUUAAAGAAAUUCCAGAAAUUCUAACAAAAAAGUGAUCCCACAUAGUCUCUACAUGUAAACGCUGCAAUGAUGAGCGAUACGGAGAGCGAAGGCGGCGAGAUCGUGGACGUCUUCGAUCCCGAAACUGACUCCGCGGCCAGUAGGGACUCCGAUCAGCCUGUGGUGCGCAGGCAGGGAUGGCAGCGGAUCAUCACGCAGCCAGAAAUGCUGGACGAGGAGGACGAUCUUGGAAUAAUCCCGAAUAAUAUCGGUGGCUAUGUGAAUGAGGAGGGAGAUUUCAUUAAUCAAGAUGAUGAGUCUGGAGAGGAAGCAGAGCCAUUGGAACGACGGCUCUUUCAAGUUGCGAUGCCUCUGGUGAUACGCGUACCUGCGCUAGACCCUCAUCCAAAUCAGGAGCAACCUGACGAGAAUCAAGAGCCGCAUGAAGAGCCAGACGAUCCUGUUGUCAUACAGGAAGAGCCACCACAACCUGAAGGCGCUGAGGAUGCCCAUCCUCUGGCUCCUUUAAUUGAGGCCAUCAUUGAUGAUCCUCCACCACAGCCCAGUCCACCAACCACUUCCCGGCGGUCUCGAGGCCAAAACUCCGCUGUGAUCUCACUAGACACUCCCUCGCCGCCUAAGAAACGCAAGCGCGGCUCCCCCAAAUCUGGGACUAGCUCCAAAAAAUCCUCCCCAGAGGCCAAACUCGCCUGUCCCGAUGAGGACGAAGACGAUGGCAUGACCUGUCCCAUUUGCCUGGACUCCUGGGAAAUGAGUGGCGAGCACCGACUGGUCUCGCUGCGUUGCGGGCAUUUGUUUGGCGAAUCCUGCAUCCGGCGCUGGCUAAACGAAAGCCAGCGUCAAUCCUCUGUAAAGGUGUGUCCGCAGUGCAAAACGAAAGCCACAUUUCGUGACAUUCGUCACCUGUAUGCCAAAAAAAUCCAAAUGCUGGACACGGAUAUUAAGGAGCAGCUGGAAGCAGAGCGCCGACGCAACCAAGAGCUGACCACGGAGCUGGCCACGUCAAAGCUCUGCCAUGCCCUCGCUUCGGAGAAGCUUCUAGUGCUACAGGCAAACUAUGAUCGCAUGAAGGAACUGGUUAGAGCAGGCGGCAGUCGAGGGGCCUUCGCGGACGAUGCAUCCGGCAGUUGUAGCCAGAAGAGCGUCCAUCAGCUGGCUUCCUAUCGCCUGUAUAUGGAGAAAAACUUUGAGAUCACCCGGGAGCCGGGCUGUCGGGUGCUGCUCUACUCCGCCAAGCACUCGAUGCUGGUGGCCUCGCAGAAGAGUGCCCAGAAUCUGUUUCCUGGGUACGGAAUGCGCUUCAUCGAUCCGCCCAGCUUUAAGCCCUUGCACUUCCUGCAUACCUCGGCUUUGUUGGUCAGGGAUGUGGCGUUUAGUGAGUCGCAGCAGCUGUUAACGGUGGCCAGUCGGGAGCCAAAGAUAAAACUCUUUGACAUUCGAACGCGUCUGUGCUCGUCCAUGUUUACGGCCCACGACAGAAUGCUGUGGUCCUGCGCUCUGGAUCGCAACGAGCGUGAGCAUUUCCUGUACGCCGGGGAUUUGCGAGGAGGAGUCUACAUCUAUGACCUGCGAUUUCCAGAGAACAUACUCUGCGAAUUCCAAGCCAAUGAAAACUUUAGUCCUGUGAUACACAUAGUUACUGUGCCACCGAAUAAGACUUUUAAUUGCGGCGGCUUCCUGGUCUGUCAGUUGACAGCCCUCACAUUCUACGAGUACACGGCGUCCAGCGAGACGGCAGUGCCCACCCGGCUCAAUGUAGACGGGCCUUUCCUGUCCAUGCAAUACGAUGCCGUGCUGGACACGUUGCUUAUAUCAGCUAGAUCCAAUCCAAAUUCACCACAAUCCCGCUUCAUACUCGCCCAGCUGGACAAGAUGGACAAUAUCCCGGUGCUGAAGAUCAAGGCCACCAUUUAUGGUUCCAAGGCCACGCCCAUAAUGACUCGACCCACGCAACUGGGUGUGGAGGAUAACACAUUGGUAAUGGGCUAUCUGCAGGACAGCAAGCAGCUGAUGAUGCACGAUGUGAGGCGCGAGGAGCGCGUCCAAACCAUGCCCGUCAAUGAGGUGAUAUACGACAUUUGCCCGGUGGCCACGCAGGCGGGAUCCUAUCUGGCCGCCCUCACCGACAACAAGUGUCGCGUCUACAAGGUGAACAGUUCCAAGCGAUGAGCGAGGAGGUGCCAUGUUAAGAUUAAGAAUAACUGACUGCUGAUAAUGAAUUCUAGUGUUAAAUUUUUCAUAUUUUUAAUUUUUUCCAUUUAUUAUAAACAUUUUGUGAACAUAAAUGUACUUUACGAUUUUCUCA